CAGAAUUACAAGGAUAGAAUUUAGCACUGCACACGUUAAUUAUAAAUAGGAGUUGGGCACAGGAUAUUGAUCGGAACUGUCGCGACACUCGCACGGAUUGUCAUCAUUUGGUAGACUUUCGAUGUUCGCUGUAUUUUUGCUUAAGUUGGACUUUCAACUUGAACAGAUGUCAUGGAUUAAUAUGUUUUUUUUCGUUCUGGCACGAAAGUUAUUAGUCAGCGUACAAUGAAUGUGUUUUCUAAUUAAUUCCCAGGUUUAUUGCGAAUCAUUGUUGUAUAUUAAUCGUUCCUACUUAUAUAUAUAAUUUCAAGUACCGUACGAUCGUUAACCAUUUACUACCAUUCUGCUACCGUGAAACUCAAUUCGGGUUAAUGAGGCAUCUGUGUUCAGUAGCAUUUCGGCUACUUUACAUUACACACAUAUGUGCAUAGGCCUACAUAGAAGCUUGGAGCGCUAGCUUCGAACGGGACGUUUUGAUUGGUUAUUAACGGCAGCUGAGAGCUUCAUUGGGCCCUCCCACAUCGUAUUGGAGUUUCAGAAACUAAAAUCAUCAUUUGUGCUUUAGACGUUAAUUCGUUCGGUGUAGUUACAGUUCUUGACUUUUUGUUGCCGAUUCAGGCAGUUCGGAUUGAAAGGCUUCAAAAUUCUGCCCCUAAGCAAUAUACCGUUGGUAUACUCCAAUCCAUUUGCGCAGAUGCAGAAAUGAUGUCCUUAAAAAAGAUAACGCAACCGCUGGAGCUCUCGCAAAUGGAUCACGCCCUGAUACACCAACAUCAUGCGCAGGUUUCCGCACUCCACCAAAAUGGCGGCACCACUUCCCCAGGCUCCACCGAGUCACUUGGGGAUGACGGGUGCUCAAAGACGAACCUGAUCGUUAACUAUCUGCCCCAGACGAUGACGCAGGAAGAGAUUAAGGCGUUGUUCUCAAGCAUAGGGGAAGUGGAGAGCUGUAAACUCAUUCGUGAUAAACCCACAGGACUAACAGCUUCCACUACCGUUUCAGGCCAGUCCCUUGGGUAUGGCUUUGUUAACUACAAGAACCCAUCGGAUGCGGAAAAGGCCAUCAAUACGUUGAAUGGGCUGAGGCUUCAGAAUAAGACAAUAAAGGUGUCGUUGGCUCGACCCAGUUGCGAGUCUAUAAAGGGGGCAAAUCUUUAUAUCAGUGGUCUGCCAAAAUCCUUAACUCAGCUGGACUUAGAAAAGCUAUUCUCCAGUUGUGGGCAAAUCAUAACUUCCAGAAUACUUUAUGACCAAAAUACAGGACUCUCAAAAGGCGUCGGUUUCAUACGGUUUGACCAGCGGAACGAGGCAGAACGCGCCAUUCAGAAGCUGAACGGAACCAUCCCCGAGGGUGCAACAGAGCCAAUCACAGUGAAGUUUGCCAACUCUCCCAGCUCGAACAAGAAUGCCCUGCCCACACUCGCACUGGCCUCCUAUCUGUCCCCAACCCGGCGGUUCCUUGGACCAAUACAUCAUCCAUCUUCUGGUCGCUUCAGGUACUCCCCGCUGGAGAGCAGCCUCCUGGGCUCCACUACACUCCUCCCGUCUAGCACAGCAACCCCUAACACAGCCAUAUCCGGCGCAGGCUGGUGCAUCUUCGUGUACAACCUGGCACCCGAAACAGAGGAGAAUGUCCUGUGGCAGCUGUUUGGACCGUUUGGCGCUGUGCAGAGUGUCAAGGUGAUACGUGAUUUCCAGACCCAAAAAUGCAAGGGAUUUGGGUUUGUUACCAUGACAAACUACGACGAGGCCCUGAUGGCUAUACAGAGUCUCAACGGCUUCGCCCUCGGCAACAGGGUGCUGCAAGUCUCCUUCAAGACCAACAAGAUGAAAAUGAUGUGACUAUGUUCUGGACUGUACGAUGUCUAGUCAAGAAUGGGGCAUUGAAGUGUUUAUAAUUGUUGCUAAUAGAAUGAUGUUUUUGUUACCAUGGACGUUUUCUAGUCAAGAAUUUGCUUUCAAAAUAUAUCUGGUACAAUAAUAAUUCUCAAGAGUGUGUUGAAUCUCGUUAAAUAGUGCAAUAAAUCUUGUAUCCAUGGUAAUGAGAAGUUAACGUUUCCAUAGCAACUUUUAUAUAUUUAUAUAUUGUUUUUGAAAAUAUCACCUAACAGAAAUCCAAUUAUGUGCUGUUUACAAAUGUAAAUUUUGUUGCUGUUUUGAAAUAUCUAAAAACAGUAUUGUUGAAUUUUAUGAAAUAUUUCAAGGAUUUUGAACAGACACUUUGGUAUCAGUUUCAAAUGUGUUCAAAACUGAGCUUGUGUAUUUGUAUAUUUUGUGACCACUCUCCAUGACGUUUGCUCAGGGUAACAUGGUUUCCCAAUCACAUACUUAUACUAUCUGUCAGGUAAUGGGCUGCAGUAAUCUCGCCCACCAGUGACAGACUGGUGAACUUGUAUUGAAGAUUGUAAAACUUCAAAAUUGUAUAUAUUUAAUUUGGCUCUUGGAAAUUAAUUUGAACAAUUUUCUAACUGGAAUUUGAACAGACAUCCUUUAAAGAAAAAAUACCAUUUGAUUGGAAAGUGUCGUACCUGAUAAGACUGUGCAGUCUUAUCUGGGGCAAUACUUUGUGUAUAAAGACUGCACAGUCUUAUCUGGGGCAAUACUUUGUGUAUAAAGACUGCACAGUCUUAUCUGGGGCAAUACUUUGUGUACAAAGACCGCACAGUCUUAUCUGGGGCAAUACUUUGUGUAUAAAGACUGCACAGUCUUAUCUGGGGCAAUACUUUGUGUACAAAGACCGCACAGUCUUAUCUGGGGCAAUACUUUGUGUAUAAAGACUGCACAGUCUUAUCUGGGGCAAUACUUUGUGUACAUGCAAUUAGCCCUUUUUUCUCAUAGUGAGGCUCAUAUGUCACUCACGUGUUGGGACUCUCGCCUUUAUACCCAGUACAAUCCUUGAAAUGUCUCGCACACAUUGUCACAAUACAGGUUUAGAAUAAUAAACCAAAGUUUUAAUAUUGUUAUUGUAUAAAUUUAAUUGUAUACAUAAUUCAUUGGUUUCUAAAACCAAGAAGAAUUUAUUGUCAGCCAGUUUACAAUACUUUUGAUUUUAUUUAAACAGGAUUAUUAUUUAUUUUUUGGGUGAAUUGAGUACUAUAACUUUUUUGGUGAAAACGUUUCACUGAUGAUUUUGAUUGUUUCCUCUUAUUUAUGGUGGUUGCGGUUGAUUUUUUCAUAUGCUUACGUUACUUUCUUAGAUUUUGUUCUAUUUGGAUCUGUGGUUGUAUCAAAGAACAUUUAAGUGUGGAAACUCAGUUCAAUUUUGAAUGUAAACCCUUUAUCGAGUUCUUUCAAAUAUACUAUGCACAUUUCUCUUUUAAAAAGUAAGAUCAGUUUUAUAUUUGGUUAGCUGAAAUUUGUUAUUGAAUAUUGUUUCGUGAUAAUUUAAUUAGCGUAAAAAUGACCAAUUAGUUAAGAAUUUCAAGAUCUGUAAGUAACAAUAUGAUUUUUGGUGUUGACAGAUUAUUCUUUCCUUGCACAUGUGAAUGGGUUAGUUCAUAGAUUUUUAUUGGUUUCUUAAAAUGAAAUUUGCAUUCAGGAAUGUGAACAUUGUGGCUUUUAAAGUGUGCAUUUAAUUCCAUCUAAAUGCUUCAGUGAAAUUAAAAAAGAAAAUACCAACUUCUGAAAUUGAAAUUAACCAUCCUAUGAAAAUCAAUGGCAGUAAAUCAUAAGUUCAGUUGUAAUAACAAAUCGAUUUUUAUCUAUUUGCUUCUUCCCAAUAAAAAUAGGACUAUGUGUAGUUUUAUUUUCAAGAAAUGUUCAAGUAUAGAUGUUCCAAACAUGAAUUUGCUAUCUAAGUUUAAUGAAUUUGCGUGCUGAAUAUUAUAUAUUUUGAAAUAAAAACCUAAAAUGUCCCCUGGUAUAACAGGAGAAAUUUCUUUACACCAAUUUUUUUCUGUCUAGCAUUUUAUUGUGUUCACUUUUUUUCUCUUUGAUUUAUUUAUAUACUCUUGUGUUGUGAGGCUUUUUAUGUUGUGAUUUUACUUUAAUUAUAUCUGUGUUGAACUGUGUAUUUUAGUUCUGUUUUUACUGAUUUACAGGCAUUCAAUCAUAACUUUUGUUGUCUUUAGUUUGACCUUCUGCCAGAAAAUAUAAUCUUUUUUUAUGUGUAAUGAAAGCUGUCAAUAAAUUUGCUUCCACAGUUAGAAAAUGCUUUGAUACAUUCUGAGUUUGUUGAUUUCAUUAUCUGUUCAUCCGUUAUUCCCAAUCUUUAUUGUGUUUUUUUGCGUCUAUGAUUAAACAUAGGCAGUAAGGCAUAUGAUCUUCAUAGCUGUAAGUUAUUAUUAGUAACUAAGAUUUUUUCUGGCAAAUAUUUGCACAAAAAAAAAUCAUUUUUCAAAAUGUCUUUGUAGAUUUUGCCUUAUUUCAGAUUAAUAAAUCACAUAUUUAAGUACAUUCUUUGACUGGAUGUGCAAGCUAUAUUUAAUGAACUUUGUUUUGGGAAAACUGGCCUUAAUGCAUAUAAAGUCUGCACAGUCUCAUCAUGGAUGACUCUUGAAUUUUGUCUGGAUGAGACUUUCUUAAACAAAAAUCAUAAAAACUUAAAAGUGAUGUCCCUUAAUAGCCUGUGUGAAAUGCACAUUAAGUGAUGUCCCUGAACAGCCUGUGUGAAAUGCACAGCCCAGUUUUCCCAGAAAGAGGCUCCAAUAAUGGCCUGGUUCUUAACAGAGCAUGUGAUUGCCAUGAUUUAUGUCUGCCAUGUCCUUGAACUACUAAACAUUGGAAAGUAAGAAACUGAAAAACAAGCACACAAAUUACUUUUGUGGGUUUUACAGCUCCAAGUUCUUGCACAAAAUUUAAAGAUCCUUUUUCUCUUUUGUACACCACAUUUCUAAGCAAUUUUGUGUUGUGUUUGCUCAUGAACAUCACUCAUUCCUGUGGAUUAUCAUAUCUUUUGUAACCAAAUGUCUGUUGGUUUAUGCUAGUUUUCUUGGGUGUCGUUUUCUUCAUUUCCAUUAGAAUGUGUUGUUUUAAUUGGCUGAUGAUUCAUGAUAAGCAUUAUUUUGGACUUUGGAAGAAUUUACAAAAUUUGCAUGAUAAAUGGCACUAUUAUGAAAGCCUUUUUUAUUAACGGUAAUUCUAAUUCACUACUCCGAUAGUGUGCAUGUAAACUGGUAUUUAUGCAUAAUUUAAACAUUUUUGUACACACCAAGAAAAAGUGAUGCCAGGUGUAAAUGCUGCUGAUUUUGUAUUAAACACUGGCACAUAAUUGAACUUAAAAAAGAAACUUAGAUCAGUUUUUUAUAAUUACAUUUUUGUGUUCAUGUGUAAACAUGAUGUUAUUAUCAUUUGAGAGUUCUUCCAUUUUAGAUCUUUUCAAAUAUCAUAUGUCAGCAGAAAACAAUACAUGUACAAACUUGGGUGGCAAGCAAUAUCUGUACCCAUGUAAAGAAGUUACACAUUUGCGUAAAAGUUCCCUGUUUGUCUUUCUUACUAUGAUGAAUAUUUAAUGCUCAUAUCAACUUUUCUGUAACUUUUACUAAAUACAUUCCGUAUAAUGAAUGCUAGAUUGCUUGAGCAUGUGAAACUUUUUGAGGACAUGACCAUUUGUAUUUACCUAUAAGUUAAUUGUAUGUGUUAACCUAGAAAUAUUAUUCCUAGCUUGCACAAACGAGUUAAUAUUUACCAAUUAAGAUAAGUAAGUAAAGACAUAUUUUAUACUCAUAACAGGGCAUGUACUAUAUUUUUAUGAAAGCGUCAAACAGCAUAAAUGUAUGAAGAUACCAUUUAUUUUAUGUAGCAGAUAAAGUUAAAUGAGCAAAAAAUAACAAAUUGAACAAACUGCUCAUUAGGGGGUGAACAUACAUGUAUAGGUAAAUUAUAAAUGUUCAUUCAUGAAGUUAUAAUAGAGUGAUGUAAAUAUCGUUAUCAUUGUUGGCUCCUUCGAACUAAUUCACUUUAAGUGUCUUCAGGUUAUGAGCUUAUUUCCUCUGCAAAGAUAGGGACGUUAAUUAUCUGUCUUGAGGUCCGAUUACAGCUAAAAGAUUCUACCGAAUUAUAAUUUCUUGAUGUAGCCUAGUCGUAAAAUGGCUUUUGGAUAGCCAUUUAGGAAAUCAAUAUUUUUAGGUGAAUUUACCUUAAAACAAACUGCUUUGUAUUAUUACUUUAGUGUUUGAACAUUUUUACACUAUGAUGCUGUUUGUUGAACUACAUUUUACAAUGUUCAAUUUUUCUAACCAUUUAAUAACUUAAAUAUGCAAUUUUACAUCAUAUAUAAUACUAUUUUGGAAUAUGUGUUCAUUGACAUGAGUAUGUGUUCUCUUGGAAGGGGAUCUUGAUUCAAAGGUACUCUUUCUUAUAUUUUAAAACAUUUCUUAUUGUUGUUGAUAGUUGAUUCCAGAUAUAGUCCUACUUAAAUCUGUGUUAAACCUUUUAGGCUGCUUAUUUAAAAAACAAAUAUUCCCUUCUAAAUGCUUUCUUACCAGUUUUGAAAGCCAUUCAAAAAAUGCCUUAUUUAUAAACAUAAUUGCAUGGAACCAAAAAUGUAGGAAGGGCUUAAGGCUUUGUUAACCUUUAAAAGACAUAAUAUCACGAUUGAGUACACAAUUGCAUAUUAAUGUUUUCCAUAUGGUAUUUAUGUAAACGAACAAGAGAAUACUACUCAAUUAGUGACCCUCUCUGCGAAAAUGUAAGGCCCCAAGGGAUUAAGAGUAUAUAUGGGUAUUUGACAAAUUGUUUUAAAUUAAUUCUUUGAGUUAUGCUGUUUGUAAAUCAGGGCAUUUGAAGGUGUGCUUGUUAACAUGUUUUAAAAAUUCCAUUUUAAAGGACUGCUAUGCAUUAAUGUGUCGACCUGUUUGGGGAAAGUAAUUAAUAGAUAUUUGCUUGUUUUGUGGAGAAAAAAAACAAGUCAUUGAGCCAUUGGACAUAUUGAACACACCUUUGUACAGUUAUCAUCAAAUAUAAUAUGGGAAUGCAUAUUAUUCCAGAGAAUGUGUUUAUACCGAAGAGUAAUUGUUAUGUUUUGUGACAUUUAAAUGAGAUUUGAUAGGAAAGAUGCUGCAUGUAAAAUAGCAUAAUUUAAUUUGUAAUUAUUUGACAUCUAAUUGGUUUGCCAUGUUAGAUUUAAUAAACCACAUAAUAUAAUUCUGCCUUAGUCAAGUCGAUACAAUCUCAAAACGAUACAUCAGAAAGUUAUUUUAUUGAUUGCUUAAGUGUGUUGGGAGCAUGUUGGCCUGUCCAGUGCUUUCCUCUUGAUUUUCUUUCCACCAAACUUAUGACAUGUGUUCCCAUCAUUCCACAAGCGUUAAAUGGUUCACAAUUAGCACUAUUUAAAAGAGUUUACAAUCAAUGUAUUCCUGCUUGACAGCUGACAAAAUCUUUUAUGAAUCAGUUUGAAAAUUCAUGAACAUAUUUCACAGAGAUUUCAAUAAAAGUCAGUAUUGAUAGCUUUAGCUCGAAUUCAACGAAUUGUAAGGACUUCUAAAAUUUAAGAACAUUCUUGAAACAUUUUAGAACAAUUUAUUUAUGAAAGAAGCAAAAUUAAUGGCCUGUAUAUUUUAAGCCUGAACGUAUUCUACUUGGGUCUAUGUCUAUUCUAUAUUUUAAAUUCAUAGAAUGGGUUGGUAAAUACGGGCCCAGGGCACAUAUAUAUUUGUCAGUGAGCGAUGGGAGAAAUCUUGCAUUGCAGUCUGAUUCCUAGAUUUAUUCCAUCAUUCUGUGAAUUGCUAUGGUUAAUCAAUAUCUCUGAAGAUUCUUCCAUGUGUGUUCCUAAGCAAUAAUGUUGAGAAGUCUUUCUAUGGUAUUAAAGUUGUUUUUCAAAGACAACCAAGGUUAUGAUUGGAUGUUUGUCCUGCGCUUCUUAAAUGACACUAUGUAUAUUUUUAGCGAUUAUCUGUUAUACAUCAUGGACAACCAUUAAGCAAAUGAUGUUAAUGAUUUGUAAUUUUGAUUUUAUGAAUGUAUUUCAAGGGUCUGUUUUGUUAUCACCUUCACAGUGUUUGACAGAGACUAGUUGUAUUGUUAAAAGUAAAGCAAUACAACCUGAAUGUGUGGAUGUUCCCAUUUUUUUUUAUUAAUUAUGUUCACCAUGCGUUAUUUGAUUAGCAGUUGAUUAUAGUUCGUCAUUUUGUCUUACUUUUUGUCCAGUUUAUUGUUAAAAGUUUCUUGUUUCAAUUUUCUCUUUUGAUUAUAAUGGUAAUAUUCUUUUCAAUCCUUCAAAGUUUCAAUUUUCAUUCCAUAUUGGACAUAGUCUGGGUAUUGUAAACGUGUUGUGAAUAGAAUUUCUUCCAGAAUCUUUCUGUAUGGUUAAGUAUUGUAAGAUUUGUUUUCUGUACUUUAAAAAUAAUACUGAAUGUAAGAAAUCCAUUCUUAAUAUGUAUAUAGUUGAAUUUGCAUUUUUCCAUACAAUCAGUUGUUUAAAUAAAUUAUUGAAAAUGUGAUUUCGGAAUCAUUUCAAUUGUUUAAGAUUCUAAUAUGUAUUGCUGUUAUCCAUGUCAUGAUACAAAUAGGUAAAAACACUGAAUGUUGUUAAUACUGAAUGUAAGAAAUCCAUUCUUAAUAUGUAUAUAGUUGAAUUUGCAUUUUUUCAUACAAUCAGUUGUUUAAAUAAAUUAUUGAAAAUGUGAUUUCGGAAUCAUUUCAAUUGUUUAAGAUUCUAAUAUGUAUUGCUGUUAUCCAUGUCAUGAUACAAAUAGGCAAAAACACUGAAUGUUGUUAAAUUAUAAGAAUUACAAAACAUUAAAUCAUGACAGACUUUGCAUAGUAUAUUUUUAAUGUAAUGUUUUGUUAUUUAUAUUGGGAUGGAAGAAUUUAAACUAAGGGAUUUUUCAAAUUACACUUGAUAUAAGUAAUAUUCAGUUAAAUCUGAAUACAGAAAUGAGUGUCAGUGUUUGUUGUACUCUUGUUUGGUCAUGAUUCUAUGUGGUAUUAAUGCAAGAUUAAUCGCAAUAUAUAUGAGCCAUGUUUGUGAAAAUGGGUCUUAAGCAAUAUUAGGUCAAUGUAGCUCCAGACCAGACUGUGAUAGUGGGAGAAUGAAACCUAAAAUGACUAGUGGACAGGGUAGCUCCAGACCAGACUGUGCUAGUGGGAGAACGUAACCUAAAAUGACUAUAGUGGACAGGGUAGCUCCAGACCAGACUGUGCUAGUGGGAGAAGGAAACCUAAAAUGACUAUAGCAGACAGGGUAGCUCCAGACCAGACUGCUAGUGGGAGAAUGAAACCUAAAAUGUCUAUAGUGGACAGGGUAGCUCCAGACCAGACUGUGCUAUUGGGAGAACGAAACCUAAAAUGUCUAUAGUGGACAGGGAAGCUCCAGACCAGACUGUGCUAGUGGGAGAAUGAAACCUAAAAUGUCUAUAGUGGACAGGGUAGCUCAUGUCAAACCUACGAGACUGUCUAGGCUGUUCUUGAGCUACAUGGGCCACAUAAGACCCAUUUUGGUAUGACACGGCUUCUAUUUUUGUUAGAAAUGGUGCAGCUCUGUAUUCUGUGACUCAGUAAGUGUUAGAAACCAGAGGCUAUGUCCAAUGUUCUAUGUUUGUUCAGUAAUAGUUUUAAUAUUAUGCUUUAGUAUGCUUUCUCGUAUGGGCUUUGUUGUUACUGUAGCCUUCUGUCAUUGAUAGAUGUGUCUUGAAAUCCAGAAGCUCUGGGAACAACAGGAUUGGCAGAGAGGAUAAUGUUCUUUUUAUAUUUUAAUUUUCCUUUUAAAACCUUUUAUACUUUUGGAUGAUGUCUUGUCAUCACCAGAUUAGAUUUUUAUUGACCUGGUCGAUAUAAAGUACUGAGUAAGAGGUGUUUUGAUGACAAGGUAAGCAUGUAAAUAGUAUAUCCAGUAUUAAGUUUUAUGUGAAUUCUUAGAUCUCUGCCAAGUCUGUUGUUGUUUUUGUUAAGUUACUUAUAUGUGUAAAGAUUGAUUUUACCACCAUGGUUUUGUAAUUUAUCCUAGUUUUAGGCGUACAUUGAACUAAUAUUUAUUGGAGAAAUUUUGAAGGGGCCAAACAGUUCUGUCAAAUACUAGUUGAAGAUUAAUGAUAUUGGUUGAAUUGCAUACCUUUACUUUGGCACUUGUUCGCCGUUUUGUAGCAACAUUUUUUUUUUAAAUCUUUUUCCUAUAUCAUAAUGUUUUUUGUGGCUGACAUUUUCUCCUAAAUUUAUAUACUUGUUAAAAAUUAUGUAAUUUUUUUGGAGACUUUCAUAUGAAAACACAUGUCCUUAAACAUUUACCUCGCCCCAUAUUACUUGUUCAAAGCAUGUAAGCUCAAGAUUGUCUUAACCUUUUACAUUCAAGCUGGCCAUAGUUAUACUUACAUAGUUCUCAAAACGUGUAUGCUGUAUUUGUACUUUUUACAUGUGAAAACAAUUAAUAAAAACUACAUAAAUUCAA